UCUCAGAGCUCAGACCUUUGACAGACCGAGAGGAACUCGGUUUCGUGCCGUGCUGCUAGGGUUACUAGGCCGAAUUGCGUUCGAGUUCGCCGUUUUGAACUCUGUUCCGGUUCGGAUCUGGUGAGGUGUUAAGGGAAAGUGGGGUUGUAUUAGCUUGUCACCAUGAAGGCACUAAUUCUUGUUGGAGGGUUUGGAACACGGUUGAGACCAUUGACACUCAGUGUGCCUAAGCCACUUGUUGAGUUUGGCAACAAACCCAUGAUCCUGCACCAGAUAGAGGCUCUUAAGGCUGUUGGAGUGAAUGAAGUGGUUUUGGCAAUUAACUAUCAACCCGAGGUAAUGUUGAACUUCCUGAAAGAAUUUGAGGCAAAACUUGGGAUCAAGAUCAUCUGCUCCCAAGAGACUGAACCACUUGGUACUGCUGGACCUCUUGCGUUGGCUAGGGACAAACUCAUUGACGGUUCUGGUGAGCCCUUUUUUGUGCUCAACAGUGAUGUUAUCAGUGAGUACCCAUUCCAAGAAAUGAUUGAAUUCCAUAAGGGCCAUGGAGGGGAGGCUUCCAUAAUGGUCACAAAGGUGGAUGAGCCAUCAAAAUAUGGUGUGGUUGUUAUGGAAGAGUCAACAGGACAAGUUGAGAAGUUUGUGGAAAAACCAAAAUUAUUUGUUGGUAACAAAAUCAACGCUGGAAUUUAUCUGUUGAAUCCAUCAGUUCUUGAUCACAUUGAACUGAGGCCCACCUCAAUUGAGAAAGAGGUCUUCCCUAAGAUUGCAGCAGAGAAAAAGCUCUAUGCGAUGGUUCUACCAGGGUUUUGGAUGGACAUUGGACAGCCAAGGGAUUACAUUACUGGCCUGAGACUUUAUCUAGAUUCCCUGAGAAAGAAAUCUUCAACUAAGUUAGCCACUGGUUCCCACAUUGUGGGUAAUGUUUUGGUCCAUGAGACUGCAAAAAUUGGAGAGGGGUGCCUGAUUGGACCAGAUGUUGCUAUUGGUCCAGGGUGUGUGGUUGAGUCUGGAGUUCGACUCUCCCGCUGCACAGUGAUGCGUGGUGUCCGGAUCAAGAAGCACGCAUGCAUAUCCAGCAGUAUUAUCGGAUGGCACUCCACUGUUGGACAAUGGGCUCGUGUAGAGAACAUGACUAUUCUUGGUGAAGAUGUCCAUGUAUGUGAUGAGAUAUACAGCAAUGGUGGUGUGGUUUUGCCUCACAAAGAGAUCAAGUCUAGCAUUUUGAAGCCAGAGAUAGUAAUGUGAUCGUUCUGUUCUCCGGUAGAAGAAUAUGACUUAAGUUAUUGAAUUCAGUUCAGGACUGUGUUUGUUCUUUUGCCUUCCAUUUUUCCCCCCUCCACUAGUGCAAAACUCAGUUUCUCCAAGUGUGAGUAUGUGAGUCCAACAGUUCACCUUUAAAGGGUCAGUUUCUGUUGUUUUCAUUGGUGUGAGAUUUGUAAUUUUAUUGUGUAAAAUAGAAAUAAACAAUGAGUUUGUUUCUUUGGGGUUCUGUAAUUUAUUUACAGAGAAUUUAUGGAAUGUAUAUUUUA